CACACAAAUACCACACACGCACAACGCGAGACCACCACCACCGAUAAUCCACAUUCAACAAAGAGAGAGAGAGAGAGUCACAGCUCUCUUUCAUGGGGUUGGCCUCUGCUAUGCCUUUCAACUGAUGUAGCACAAAAUCCACAAUUAUAUAUACAUAUAUAUUAUAUCGAAUUACAGAGGAAAAACUCUCUCCUUUCUGUGUUCAAUGGCAGAUGUUUUUCGGUUAUCUUCCAAUUCGCUUUGCUUCUAUUCUUCGCUGAUAACCUCGUCCUUCAAUUCUCUCCAACCGAGACUCCCACCAACUCAAAAAGCGUAUAAGAAGAUCUUCUCUGUUGUCAAUUCUUCUACUGCUGGUUUUGUUGUUCCAUUUUCCUUCAGACCCAGCAAACAAUUGAUCUCUUUUAAGGUACAUGCAACUGUUGCUGAGACUGACCAACCUAAAUGGUGGGAGAAGAAUGCAGGACCAAAUAUGAUUGACAUUCAUUCUACGCCAGAACUUUUGAGCGCCUUAAGUCAGGCUGGUGAGAAACUAGUUAUCGUUGAAUUUUAUGGAACUUGGUGUGCUUCUUGCCGAGCACUAUUUCCCAAGCUUUGCAAAACUGCGGAACAACACCCUGAAAUCUUAUUCCUGAAAGUCAAUUUUGAUGAGAAUAAGCCUAUGUGCAAAAAUUUGAACGUAAAGGUGCUUCCUUAUUUCCACUUCUAUCGUGGAGCUGAUGGGCAGCUGGAAUCCUUUUCUUGUUCACUUGCCAAGUUUCAGAAAAUAAAGGAUGCUAUCGAGACACACAACACUGCUCGUUGCAGCAUUGGUCCUACUAAGGGUGUUGGUGACCUUAACCUCGAAACUUCAAGUGCUUCGAAAGACAAAUCAGCAGGGUCUUCUUCAUCAUAGGAUUCCUCGAUUCAAGCAUCUGUCUAUAAUGUGCAUUCCCAUGUUGGUCGUCCACGAAAUAGACCAUCAUAGUUAUAUAUUUGUCUUGUAUAUUUGCAUUUCUAUGUCUAAAAGAAUACUUAGUAAGCAGAGGAUGUUACUCUGCUGCAUUCUUUAUAGACAUCGUUCUGGUUGGAAUUCGAUAGAAAUGAAAUUCCAUGCUGCGUUCAUUCA